AUGCUCAGCGAAAAGGCAAAGGGAAAGCGACGAGCCGUCGAACCUGUAGAGCCAGAUCCUCAUCCAGACCGGGCGCUCGUUAUUCGUUUCACUGAAGGCAUAGCCGACCUUACUUUAUCCAUCAGCAAGCAUGAUGCGAUUCGUGCCGAGAGGACUGAACUGAAGGAGAGAAAACUCAGGCUUAUCCAUUCCGGCCGCCUCCUCACCAACGGAACCUUUUUGCUUUCGUGGCUUGAAUCUCUGGAAGAUCGGCAGAAACGAGCUACAAGCAACGAGAGGAAUUCUGAUGAGGUUGUCAGGCCUUCGACGACCUGGCUGCAUUGUUCCGUUGGGGGCAAAAUUGAUUCCGAAGGGGACAGCGACGAUGGUACUGCGGGUCAAUUACAACCAGCAAGAGGUUUCGACAGACUUGCGUCCGUAGGAUUCUCUGAGGCAGACAUUGCUAACUUCCGUCAUCAAUUUCACACGUCAUCGAGCUUCAUGGACGACGAACACUUUGAUACGGAGGAGGAAUAUGACGAGCAUGCUCGUGCGCUCGAAGAGCAGUGGAUUGACUCCAUGGACAACGCUGGAACAGCAACUCUAUCUCAGUCGGGGGGACAUAAUCCGUCUAUGAUGCAAGGUCUUGUCGCGGGCUUCUUUUUCCCUAUAAUACCUCUAUUUUUUAUUCGCAAGACACACCCACCCGUGUUCUGGGAAGACGGUACUGAAUAUGAACCUCCAGACAGCGUCAUCUUUUCGUAA